AUGAGUUCUGUGAUAUCACAAAUUGGUGCGCUGAUAGGAGUUGAGGAUCAAAGUAUCUCAGAAUUCAUAUAUGAUAUUUGUUCCAGGACUUCAAGUCUAGAACAGUUUCGAUCAAGUGUCGAGGAGCUGGAUGUGGGUAUAACGGCAGAGGUGGCAUCGAAGUUAUACAAGGCCAUCAAACCUUCCGAAAAGACGCCCAAAGAGAAAGUAACACUGAUCCUUAAGGAUACGCUCUCUUUGGAUGAUCCCGUCGUGGCUGAGUUCAUUGUAGAAAUAUGUUCCAAAUGCACUUCUUACAACGAUUUUAACGCCCAGAUCCAGGCGAUGGAUUGUGGCAUCGAAGCAGAUGUCUCAAAACUUCUAUAUGCUGCUAUGGAAGAUCAGAAAUUCAAAGUAGAAAGCCGGGGCGGGGGAGCUCUUAGCAUGCCAAACCAGAAAAUUCAAUGGGACACCUCAGGAACCUUAACAGAGGCUGACCCUAAAGACAAGAUUAGUGUGGGAGUAACAGAUGAAUACCCUAUGUUGGGAAACAUAUAUUCUGGAAUAGUGAAGAAAAUAACCGCGUUUGGUUGUUUUGUUCGCAUACUGGGUACUCGCGACCCUCGAUGCGACGGGUUGGUCCAUAUUUCCGAACUAGCAGACAGAAGAGUUCAUAAUCCCGCAGAGAUAGUCUCUGUUGGUGAAAGGGUGUACGUCAAAGUCAUCAGGGUGCAGGAAAACGGCAAGAUCUCACUUCAAAUGAAAUUCAUCAAUCAAAAGACAGGAAUUGAAGAUGAAAGGAUCCAAGAAAGGGGAAGACGUGCCGAAAAACAGCAAAAAUCUGCGAUCAAAAGGAGACUGACCUCGCCUGAACGAUGGGAGAUUCGUCAAUUGAUUUCUAGUGGCGCAGCAUCAAUAGAAGACUAUCCAGAGCUGCAAGACACCUACGAAGAAGACGGAGAUCCUACAGAAAAAAACAACAUUGAGAAGGAAACCGAAGUAGAAGUUGAGUUGAAAACGGAUGAUGAACCACACUUCUUGAAAGGCGAAACGAGCUCAUUUCAGAAGCUUGAGAUGCCCAAGCUCACCAAGGUUCCUCAAGGCUCUCUCACCAGAACCGCUCUAAAUGGUUCUACUUUGAUGUCAGAGCACAGAGCCGAAAAGAUGCAAAGAAGCAAAGAUGUUGAGCAAGAACGUCGCAAGAAAAAAUUGGUGGACGAUCCUAGCUAUCGCGCAGAAGCUGACUUUAGAAACAAACAGCUUACACUCACUGCGUGGGAGCGCAGUAGAAACAGAGAAAACAUCGAAUAUGGAAAAAGGACAAACAUGCCAAUCAAAGCUCAGAGAGAGUCUCUGCCUGUAUUCAGAAUGCGACAGCAAUUAGUGGAUGCAGUCAAAGAAAACCAGUUCGUAGUCAUUGUGGGAGAAACCGGUUCGGGAAAAACCACCCAAAUUACCCAGUAUUUGGAUGAAGAACGUUUUAGUGACAAUGGAAUUAUAGGAUGCACCCAACCUAGAAGAGUAGCUGCGGUAUCCGUGGCAAAGCGCGUUUCUGAGGAAAUGGGAUGUAGACUGGGAGAAGACGUGGGCUAUACAAUCAGAUUUGAAGAUGAAACCUCCCCUCAAACUAGAAUCAAAUACAUGACAGAUGGUAUGUUACAGCGAGAGGCGCUAUUGGAUCCGGCGAUGAGAAAAUACUCCGUUAUUCUUCUGGAUGAAGCUCACGAAAGAACGAUCGCCACUGACGUCUUGUUUGCUCUGUUGAAAGAGGCAGCUGUCAAAAGACCAGAUUUAAGAGUUAUUGUCACCUCCGCAACUCUCGAUGCCGAAAAGUUCUCAGCUUACUUUUUGGACUGCCCAGUGAUCAAAAUACCUGGAAGAACGUUUCCAGUGGACGUUCUAUAUUCACAGACGCCUCAGUUAGACUAUAUCGAGAGUACUCUGGAUACUGUCAUGGAGAUUCACAUAAACGAAGGAAGAGGUGAUAUUCUGGUCUUCUUAACAGGUCAGGAGGAGAUUGAUACCUGUUGCGAGGUUCUUUUUGAGCGCGUCAAGACCUUAGGUGAUACAAUACAAGAGCUUUUGAUACUGCCCGUAUAUUCGGCUUUGCCGAGUGAAGUCCAAUCCAAAAUAUUUGAGCCGACUCCACCCAAUUGCAGGAAAGUAAUAUUUGCCACAAAUAUAGCAGAGACGUCUAUCACAAUCGAUGGUAUUUAUUAUGUUGUUGAUCCCGGUUUUGCUAAAAUUAACACUUAUAACCCUCGUAUGGGCAUGGAGCAACUAGUUGUAUCUCCCAUUUCACAGGCACAAGCCAAUCAAAGAAAAGGGCGUGCUGGUAGGACAGGAGCUGGUAAAUGCUAUAGACUUUACACAGAGUCGGCUUUUUUGAACGAGAUGAUGCCAAAUACAAUUCCAGAAAUACAGAGACAAAAUCUGUCGUACACAAUCCUUAUGUUGAAGGCAAUGGGAAUCAAUGAUUUGCUAAAUUUUGAAUUUAUGGACCCGCCUCCACGAGUGUCCAUGAUAGGUGCAUUAGAAGACCUUUACAACCUACAAGCUCUAUAUGAUGAUGGUAAAUUAUCGAAGCUGGGUGGCUUGAUGUCUCAGUUUCCAAUGGAACCAGCCUUGUCAAAGGCACUUAUAGAAUCUACCAGCCGGGGCUGUUCAGACGAAGUGUCAACUAUAAUAUCAAUGCUUUCUGUGCAGAACGUUUUCUACCGGCCCCGAGAUAAACAGCAGGAGGCAGAUAACAAGAAAGUUAGGUUUCAUCAUCCUUACGGUGAUCAUUUGACCCUGCUGAACGUCUAUAACCGCUGGCGAGACGACAAUUACUCGAAAACAUUUUGUUUGAACAACUAUUUGCAUGAAAGGCAUUUGAAAAGAGCCAGAGAUGUGAAGCUACAGCUUUUGAACGUCUUUAAAAAACUACAACUUCCGGUUUCAAACAGCAAUGGGGAUAUCGAUAUGAUCAGAAGCACUCUAGUUUCUGGAUUUUUCAGGAACGCUGCCAAAAGGGAUUCGCAAACAGGUUACAAGACAAUCACAGAUGGUACCUCUGUGAGUGUGCAUCCGUCUAGUGCUCUUUUUGGAAAGGACUAUGAUUGUGUUAUCUACCACAAUUUGGUUUUGACAACACGCGAAUACAUGUCUCAUGUAACGGCUAUAGAUGCGCGCUGGCUGGUCGAGAGUGCACCACAUUUCUACAAAGUCGCAGGGGCUGAAAGCGAGUCUCGCAAAAGAGCCAAGAUUGUCCCGCUUCACAACAAGUUCUCUCAGAAUCAGGACUCUUGGAGACUAAGCUCGUUGCGGCAGACGAAGGAGAAGGCUCUAGGAAUUAAAAGGUGA